AUGUCGAAAUCACCAUUAAAAGAUACUUUGGUGUUCGAACCAAUACAAGUAGGAGAUGUCACAUUAUCUAAUAGAAUUGUUUAUUGUCCCACAACAAGAUUUAGAGCAGCUAAAUCACCAAAUGAAAUUGGUGCUCAUUUACCAUCAGAUUUAAUGUUAGAAUAUUAUUCUCAAAGAGCUCAAUAUCCAGGAACUUUGUUGGUUACAGAAGCAACAUUUGUAAGUCGAGGGGCUGGUGGAUAUGAUGGUAUACCUGCUAUUGCAACUGAAGAAGAAACAAAAGCUUGGAAAAAAAUUGUUGAUGCUGUUCAUGCAAAAAAAUCAUUUAUUUCAUUGCAAGCUUGGUUUUUAGGGAGAGUAGCUGAUGCAAGAAUUUUGAAAAAAGAAGGCCAAAAGUAUGUAGCUCCUAGUGUUAUAUAUCCUGAUGGUAGAACAAAGCAUUUGAGUGAGAAAGCUGGACUUCCAUUGACGGAAUUAUCAAUUCCAGAAAUUCAUGAUCUUAUUCAUAAAGAUUAUGCAAUUGCAGCCAAGAACGCUAUGUCUGCUGGUUUUGACUUCUUCGAAAUACAUUUUGCACAUGGUUAUUUACCGGAUUCUUUUCUCCAUGAAAGUUCUAAUCAAAGGACUGAUAAGUAUGGUGGUACAAUUGAAAAUAGAGCUCGAUUUGGUUUAGAAUUAAUUGACCAUUUAUCUACAAUCAUACCACCAUCGAAAUUAGCUAUUAGACUUUCUCCAUGGGCAGAAAUACAAGGUAUCUAUGAAGAGACAAGUCCUAUUCCUCAGUUCUCAUAUUUCUUAGAUCAAUUACAAAAAAGAGCAAAUAAUGGUCAAGAAUUAGGUUAUGUAUCAGUUGUUGAACCAAGAGUACAAGGUGUUGUUACUGCUGAUCUUGAAGAUAUGAAAGGAUCAAAUCAAUUUGUGGAGGAGGUAUGGAAAGGUAUAACGUUAAGAGCUGGAAAUUAUACUUAUGACGCACCAGAAUUCAAACAAAUAAAAGAAGAUGUUUCAAAUGGUAGAACAUUAGUUGGGUUUUCAAGGUACUUUAUAUCAAAUCCUGACUUAGUCAGUAAAUUGAAAAAUGAUCCAUCAAGUUUAGUCAAAUAUAAUAGAGAAUUAUUUUAUCAACCUUAUAAUUGGGGUUAUAAUACUUAUGAUGGUAAAGAUUAUGAUGAAGACACAGAAAAGAAAAGAGUCGCAAAACCAAUACAAAGAAGUGAAGUAAAUUUAUAG